UGAGGUCUGGCUCGCACCGCUCUACUGUCUGCAACUCUUCACAAUAAGCCGGUGUUCUGCCAGCCCCUAGCGACGGCUUCCUGUCUCUCCUCUCCAUAAAGCUUUUACCAUAUGCUCCCUUGAACUAGUCCUCUGCAUGUUUUUUGUUGCACUGGAAACUUUUUCAUUUGGCUUGUCAAUCUACAAUUUGCUAGGAAAGGUCGUUAACUAUUUCCCUCUUACACAUCUGACUUCAGCCGUUAAGCGUCUCAUGAAAGAAGCAGCAGAACUGAAAGAUCCAACAGAUCAUUACCAUGCACAGCCUUUAGAGGAUAACCUUUUUGAAUGGCACUUCACUGUUAGAGGGCCCCCAGAUUCUGAUUUUGAUGGUGGUGUUUAUCAUGGACGAAUAGUACUGCCACCAGAGUAUCCUAUGAAACCACCAAGCAUUAUUUUACUAACGGCUAAUGGACGCUUUGAAGUGGGCAAGAAAAUCUGUUUGAGCAUCUCGGGACAUCACCCUGAGACUUGGCAACCUUCGUGGAGCAUAAGAACAGCACUAUUAGCUAUCAUUGGGUUUAUGCCAACAAAAGGAGAAGGGGCCAUCGGUUCUCUAGAUUACACACCUGAGGAGAGACGAGCGCUUGCCAAAAAAUCACAAGAUUUUUGUUGCGAGGGGUGUGGCUCUGCCAUGAAGAAUGCCCUGCUGCCUUUAACGUCUGGAAGCGAGUCAAGCCAGGCUGACCAGGAAGCCAAGGAACUGGCCAGACGAAUCAGUUUCAAGGCAGAAGUCAAUCCAUCUGGAAAGACUAUCGCUGAGUCAGACUUAAACCACUCCUUUUCCCUAAAUGAUGUACAAGAUGAUAUACCUACAACAUUCCAGGGUGCUGCGGCCAGUGCGUCGAGCCCCUCCCCAGCAGCCCUUCAGCAGCCUCCCCAGCCCGGAGCCACGAGCACCUCCAUGAGCCCUCGACAGCGUCGGGCCCAGCAGCAGAGUCAGAGAAGGUCUUCAGCAUCCCCAGAUGUCCUCCAGGCCCAGCAGCCACGAGACAACCACACUGACCAUGGAGGCUCAGCUGUACUGAUUGUCAUCUUGACUUUGGCGCUCGCAGCUCUCAUAUUCCGACGAAUCUAUCUGGCCAAUGAGUAUAUAUUUGACUUUGAGUUAUAACAUUGCUUUGUGUUUCAAGAGCUGUGAGGAGUGCUUCAUUAAACAUUCUGCAUUGGGUACACAUUGUUUACAAAAAGAUUAUUUUGUAUCUACCUUCCUUUCAUUCCUGUUUUGAUCCGUAUUAGAAAUGAGUGGGAUCACAUGAUGUCCAGCAGUGUGUCCUGCUUAGUUUAAGGGACCUAAAGUCAAAUGUCCCUGUCUCACUGUUUGACCUGCUUUCCAGGGAAAUAGCCCCUGGUUGUUUCUUAGGCCUCAGCUUUUAUUUAUGAAGAUUUAUUAUGCUUUUCUGUAUAGCCCUUGAAAAUCUUUGUUUUAAAUUCCAAUGAGUAUUACUAGCUACUCAAUACCAUUUGUUGAGUACAUUGUUUCUACUUUUGUAGAAUUAUAUAGGGAUAGAAUAUUUGAAAAGGGAAAGUAAAACUCCUCAAAUACCUUCAAAUGUACUCAAAACUCCCCAAAUCAGACAUUCUGGGAUGGCCCAUUCUAUGACUUUGUCUCUUAAGCCCUCCUAAGCGAAAAGGAACUUCAUUGCAGUUGAAUAUUUUGAGGAAAGGAGACUACACUGGGUUACUGGACGUUACUAGACAAGAGACGAAUAUUUGGUAGCCACUUUGAUACACUGUCAUCCCCUGCCUCUCACACGCACACCAACUGUUAAAAGAAAAAUAACCCUCCAUAGAGCUCUUUUGAGGAAGAAAAACUUCAACGUAGGAAAACUCUUGGAUUGUCUUCCAGAAAUUCCAUGAUUUUAAAAUUUGAAUGUUUUCUCUAUUUUGAAUUGUAUAUCUUUUGAGAUGUAUUAUAUGCCUAGUUGUGUGAUCACUAUAAAUGAAUUAUUCCAGAAAUGUGCAUAAAGUUGAGAUGCUUCACGUACCAUUUUAAUGUAAAAGCUCAGGGCUCAAGUCACAGUGAUGGUGUUAGAAAAACCUUAGAAUUGUCCAUCUAAUCAAAAUGCAGGAAACAAUUUUUUCACAGCAGACUACUAGCUAGUUCUGGCUCUGCUGGGGAAUUUCUCAUCACGGGUCCUGGUUAGGACAGAGCCCUGGAAAGCCCGGCGCUAGCAGGCGCACUCGCUCGGGCAGGGGGGCGCGUUGAGGGUAUUCAUGAAGAUCUGUUUUUAGACACGUGCAGGCAGUUUCUAGCUUCCCAAGAGCUUGUGCUCUCAAAGUGCAUUUGCAAGUCAGUUUCCUUUCAUCAUUCAGAGAAUGUUAUAAAUGGCUUUAUAGGCUCCAGCCCAGUCCACAGAAGUUAGCCCAUAUUAUACCUUGAAUAAUUUGGAGGAGUGUAUUCAUAAAGUCCUUGUGUAGUUUUAAUGAUUGAAAUCAUGGGCAAGAUAGAAACAAUUUGUAAAAUGAUCUUAAGAUCAAAUCUAAAUCUUACUCCCAGUACGGGACUCUGGUUCUUUUGGCCACCAGGCGCAAUUUCUGUUGUCAUCUGCGAGCCAGCCUCCCUUUAACCCCGUCUCUCAUAACAUAGUAUGUACUAUUAUGUAAUCCAUAGUUGUCAAACUUGAAUAAAUUAGCAUUUUAAAGGUGUUUACAGAUUGUUUCUGUUAUUUUUACAGCUAGCGUUGGUAACGUCUGUAAAGCGCAGGACUUUAUGAAGACCUUGUGUCAGAAAAGUGACAGGCUCCCGUGUCCUGACUUGACUGCCGGGAGAAAAUGCAUUUUGAAGUCUUGGUUCAGGACAGAGGAUAUUAGAAAUAGUAGCUUCAUGAUCUCCUGUCAGAAAGUCACACAACUGGGAGACCGCAGUGUCACAGCUAAGAAGAAGGAAAGCCCUGUACCCCAAUCUCAGCUGAGAUAACUGUGCUGGGAACAGUUUUGGCUUUUCAGAGUGACGCGUUAGCCUCCAUCGAUGUCACCUGGAAUUCCAUUUGCCAUCGGGUGUACACACCUGUGCUGCAAAGAUCGUUAAGCCAAGAAGAUUUUGCGGAUCUUUCUCUAAAUGCUUUGCCUCUCUACCCGCACCCUCCAGGCAGCCGCCUGUUUGUGUGGGGUUUUGUAGCACCUGGUGCACAUCCCUGAGUAAGACAUACUAUGUUCCUUCCCUUCUGCCCACAACCCCUAAAAUCCUCAGGCUGUUUGUUCAUCUGACCCACAUCGUGACAUGAAUAAGCAAAUGGAAUCACUGGGGCCUUUCUUACGGGAACCCCACACAAAUUGAGUCCCCACAAAACAAAUAUUUUAAUGCCUCAUUUUAAAUCCUUAGCUUAAAGCCAAAACUGGAUGUAUGAUCCCCAAGUCCACUUAUGUAACUUGUGACUUUUACUUUUUUUUAACCUACAUAGCACACCAAGUACAUAUCACAACAGUUAAAAUAGCAUGCUUGGAAUAUAUUGAUAUAAAAUGCCUUUCUUUCACUUGUAACUGUUUAAACCAAUGAGCCUUUCAAAUGUUAUGUAACACGGGCUUUUAUGUAGCACUUUACAUGUCCAUGCUGCUUGUUUCAGUCUACUGAAAUAAAUGGAUUCCAUCAGUAAUCUCAGUUU